AUGGCCAUUUGGGAAGCGGGUAGUGCUACUAAUUUGCGUCUUAUGUGUUGCCCUCUAUGCAAGUCUGACCGUGAUUCAAGAGACCACUUGUUCUUUCAAUGUGUAUAUGCUUCAGACGUUUGGAGAUUGGUCAGGCAUUUGGUUGACAUGGAGAAUGUUACGGAUACCUGGGAUUCUAUCAUGCAAUGGAUGGAGCUUAAUGCUAAUUCUGGAACUAUGGAUAACAUCAUUAGUAAGAUCCUGGUAGCGGCUGCAACGUACUUUGUUUGGCAGGAAAGAAAUAACAGGUUAUUUUCUCAUAAUCAGCGGAGUGCGAGUGUGCUUGCAAAGGUUGUCAUUGAGACGGUUCGACUCAGGAUUAUGGGGUUCCGGUUUGGUAGAGACCCGAAACAAAAGAAGAUUUUGGAUAGGUGGCUGGUCUCGAAGAACAACAUAGAGGUUGAUCCCGGCUAG